AUCCUUGUCUUCCUAUUUAAAUGUUGCGACUUCUCACUUGUUAUCCGCUGCACCUUCUGUUUUCAUCCUUACCGUCUGAAUCUCUAACGAUCACUUGCAAAUAACUCGCUUAAAUAGAUGGGAUCGGGCAUACCGGGAGCUGAUUAUCAGGUGUUCCUGAGUUUUAGGGGUCCGGAUACUCGACAAGGUUUUGCUGACUGCCUUUAUCAUGCCAUGUUUGAUGCGGGAGUUCGUGUCUUCAGAGACAAUGAAGAGAUUUGUCCUGGCGAAAAGAUCAUGGAGAUCCUGAGAGCCAUCAACAACUCGAUCAUCUGCAUACCCAUAUUCUCUAAGGGCUAUGCUUCCAGCAAAUGGUGCCUCCGCGAACUAUCAGAAAUGGUGGAGAAGAAGAAGAAGAUCAUGCCUGUUUUCUACGAUGCGACUCCUGACGAUGUGAAACUCAAAACGCAUGUUUAUCGCGAUGCUUUACGGGGACACGAGAAGGAAAAUGAUAAAGAGAAGUGGGAGAAGGCAAUCAAGGAGGUGGUUGAGAUCUGCGGCUGGGAAUCAUCAAACGGUGAAGAGGAGAAGGCUCUGAAGGAGGUGGUUAAGAUAAAAGGAUGGGAAGUCCAACGUACCGGAUAUGCUGAACUGUGCAAAAAAAUAGUCAAAGAGGUGUUAGCAAAAUUGAAGGUUAAAGACAGGAUUGUGACGGACCAUUUAGUUGGAAUGGAUGAACACGUUGAAAGCAUGUUGAAGUACCUGGACAUUCAGGCUCAUGGGGUACGAUAUGUUGGGAUUUAUGGAAUAGGUGGCAGUGGCAAGACGACUCUUGCCAAAACUCUGUUCAACCAACUCGUUGCCCAGUUCGAGGCUUGUAGUUUUCUGGCAGAUAUUCGGGAGUCUUCAAAACAUGGCCUUGAGCAUGUGCAGAGGAGGCUAAUAUGUGAUCUUCUACCGAAGCAUUCUAGAGCUAUUUCAGAUACAAAUGAUGGGAUUAAGGUCCUCAAAGAAACAUGUCGGAAUAAGAAAGUUCUCAUAGUUCUCGAUGACGUGGAUAAAAAGGAGCAAAUUGAGAGCCUAGCUGGAAGUUCAGGAUGGUAUUCUUCCGGAAGUAGGAUAAUUAUCACAACAAGGGACAUAAGUGUGCUUGGAGUUGAGCAAGAGCAAUUGAAAGAAGGUAGUGGAAAGAAGUCUGCAGAACUGUGGACUUUGGAAAUGACAGAAAUGAAUUUUGAACAAGCUCUGCAACUAUUUUCGAGUCAUGCUUUUAAAAUGGAUUAUCCUCCUAUUGAUUUCCUCGAUGUUGCAAAAGGAGUUAUCUCUGUUAUUGGACGAUUUCCUUUAGCUCUUGAGGUCAUAGGUUCACAUCUCUACGGCAAACAAAAAGAAGUGUGGGAAGACAAUCGAAGUAUGCUGGCGAGGAUUCCUCAUAGUAACAUCCAUGGAACUUUGAUGAUAAGCUAUGAAGCCCUAAAUUUUCGGACAAAGCAAAUAUUUCUUGACAUCGCUUGUUUGCCAACUAACAUAAGUUUGAAAAAUGCAUUUUAUAUGUGGAAAUCUUGUGGGUUUCAUCCGGAGAUAGGAAUGAAAGAGCUAGUAUCAAAAUCUAUCAUAAAGGUAAUGGAUGAUACCGAACUGUGGAUGCAUGAUCAUCUCAUAGAUCUUGGAAGAGAAAUCAUUUGCAUGGAAAAUAUCACAGAUUUUGGGGAGCGUAGUCGAUUGUGGGAUCAAGAGGAAGCUUGGGACAUACUAAAAGGAAAAGAGGGGACAGCAAAAAUCGAAGUGUUGCCUCCACUUUUGAAUAGUGCUCGUUGA